ACCUCGUCAUGUGAUGGCUACCCUGGAGGCCAUUAUUAAUGAAGCAAAGGGGAUUCCCGCCUACUUGCCAAAUGUAACUGCUCUAAAAGAUGCCCUAAGGAAAGCCAAGGACUGGACAGUGAGGGUGGAGAAUGUGCAGAAUUCUGACUCGUACCCCUACCUGGACAUCCUGGAGACGUUGGUCAACAAGGGCCGGCCCAUCCCUGUCCGUCUGGACCAGCUACCACAGGUCGAGUCUCAGGUAGCUGCUGCCAAGUCCUGGAGGGAGAGGACUGCCAGAACAUUCCUCAAAAAGAACUGUACCUACUCCCUCCUAGAGGUGUUGUCUCCCCGAGCUGACAUCGGCAUCUAUAGUGGAGGUAAAAACAAAAAGAAAAAGUUCAAGGAGGGCGAGAAGGAAAAGAAGGAUGUUGAAACCAAUAACAACAACCUCGACAUCAAGAUAGAAGACCAGCGAGACCCAGCAGCUAUUGUGGCAGCAUUUAAAGUGGCCGAGCAGAAGGAGGUGGACUGUAUGUGUGAGCUGAGGGAUAGGAAUGUGAGCAAGAUCAAUCAGGAGGGGGAGGAAGUCAAGUACUGUGUGUGUCGGAAGGGAGCCUCAGGCUUCAUGUUACAGUGUGAACUCUGCAAGGACUGGUUCCACGGUAAGUCACAAAUAUAUAGAGGUUACAGUGUGAACCCUGCAAGGACUGGUUUCAUG